GACAAUCUAUUGAUUUUUCCCUAAUGCAACCUUCCGCUGCAGCACAAAACGAUGGUGCAUGCACAGGUGGAAUUAGGCGCGUGCAGCCUAUUCCAAUCGAUAAUCAACAUCAACAUGCACACCACGGAGCCAGCAGCCAGUUGUAGGUGAACGAACAGUCUUUUCCCCAAUUAUUCUUUGGGCCGAUCGAAAAAAUCUAUUGCUUUACAAUCAUAAUCCUCUUGAGUAACGUUCAUUCUGACCAUUUUCCGACCGACCAUUUUUUUACUGCGGAAUAUAACGCAUGCCAAAACUUUGAAAUGUCCAAAUCUAAGCGAAAACUGGAACCGUUCGUCGCGAAGCAGGAAGCAGCACAAAUCCGAGAAAAUAUUCAGAAUUAUGCUGACAAAGAGACAAUGGAAGGUGUACUGGAAAGGCUGAGCAAUAUGAAAUGGCCACAACGGUUGGAAACCUGCCGGGAAUAUCGGGAAUUGGCAGGGAGAGAUCUUUUGCAAGAAUUACAAGCUUCAUCAGAACCGUCGCUCCAUGUGUUCAUUAAGGAAUUAUUAACGGACAGAAUUCUCGCCGAUGUGCAAGAGUUAAGCUUGUAUUUUCAGAAUGUGAAUUCUUACUACCGAGAGUUAGUGGAGUUUUUCUGCCUGCGAACAAACAUCGCAUUGGCGAUCGUUUCCACUGAAUACAACAAAAGUCAAGAUAUUUCCAUUGCGGAAGAGCUAGGAGAAGUUGAUGACGAAGCAGUCAAGACGCUUCUCUUGGGAAUAUGCAAAGGCGAAUUUAAUGAAAACGGAUACGCCCCCAAUGAGACCAACAUUAGGAAAGACGCUUUGCUGUUAGCCAAAGCCCCCAAGACAACACGCUGGACGUCACGUGAUGGAAAGCUGCAUCAAUUACUGCAGUCACGUUCUCAUGCAUAUAUUCGCGAUGUCAUUUAUGAUUUUGAAGAGGUGACCGGGGAGAACUUUCUCGAUGCCAUUGAAGCGGAGUGCAGCCACGCCUUUCUCGGCUGUAUGGAAACGUUCGACUUCGUGAUCAGUAGCACGCAACAUGUCUUCGCGAAAAAGUUGAUGCAAUGCUUUCUCGAUGGCAAUGUGGAAGAGUUGGUUAGGAUUUUCGUCAAUGUGAUCGAACAAGCCAAUGUUGCCGAAAUUGUUUCGUAUUAUAACGACAAAUAUGAGCGGGACUUUUUUGAUGACCUUGGAUCCGUAGUGGAAUUACCGCUGUUUGACGUUAUGAAGCGGGUGGUAGCGGGCCGUCAGAAGGAUGUCCCGAAGAAGACGCCGACGGAGAACGGUGCCACGCUCAAGCCAGGAAAACUCACACAGAACGGCACCUUAACUGCACCGUUUUCACGACCCAGCGGCUCCUCUUCGCAGAACAGCAGUAACGGCAACGACCAUGGAUCCGAUCGAGAGGGUUCUGGCCAUCCUAAUAAAUACAAAUUUUUUACACACGGCACCGUUUCUCCUUUAAAAACCUUUGACCCGUACCGGGAUAUCCAUGAUUUUCGGAUUGCAAUGCAGCAUUACGCUACCAAUGAUCUUCCAUUAAUUUAUCUAAUUUCUUCCAAGACCAAUCAUCAGCGUCAAGUACUGAAAUCGGUGUAUACCGAAGUCUUUGAUGCGGUCCUGAUCGAUGAUGUAAUGGAGACGGUCGGGGAUGAACUGGAUUACUUCAUGGCCGCUCUCCUUCUGCGGCCGGAUGAAUUCGAUGCCACCUUUCUGCACGAGCUAAUCGAAACCGGAAACGAGACCAGCUUUGCCUUACUGGAGAUCCUCUGCAGUAAGACCGUCAAGGAGCUCAAAGCUAUUGAUCAGCAAUAUAAAAAAAAAUAUGGAGUCCGCCUGUCGGCUGAUCUGGCCAAACAGCUGACGAGAAACAUCGAUGUUGUGCUCUUACUGUGUGAAUUGGCAGAGGCCAAACGUGUGGUCGGAUGGAAUGUGGAUCGAAUGGCAGCGGAAACCGAUGCCCGGGAAAUGUACCAGCAGUUUUACCGCGAUUCGCCGGAUAUUGACUACUUUGUACAAACAUUAACGGCACGCAGCCGAGAACAGCUAAGAGAGACGUUUCGAACAUUUCGCAAGUUCGCCGGAAUUGAUGUUCUUACCGCGCUAGAACCACUCUUUUCCACAGAAUUUGCCGAAGCCUUGCGUUUGUUAGUAUUGUGCGUGGAGGAUCGAGUCAGCUUCUUUGCAUACUGCCUCAAUGAAUACAUACAGAAUAAUGAUGUGCGGAAUUUAAUACGCUUGAUCGUAUCUCGAUCUGAGAUUGAUUUAGUUGAAAUAAAAGCGGCCUAUCAAGGAUUUUAUAACAUCACCUUACUCGACGAUCUCCGUCCCCUGCUGGAUAAUAAACCGUUCCGACUCAUGUCAGGAAUCGUUUUGGAUAAAUGAUGAAGUGUGUAUUACUAGAAGCAAUCUUAUCUCUUUGGUCGUGAGAUGUACAGAAAUAAAAAGACCAAACAAGCCAUCGGAAGAGGUCCAGUUAACACUUUUGAUA